GCGCGUUCCCCGGAUGCAGGUUGUGCUCCCGACCUCGGGGUCCCCAAACAGCAUUACCCAUCUCUGUGCUUGGUGCUCUCGGCCGGAGGCGACUAGGAGGCCAUGGCCCCGGGGGCGCCUGCUCGGAUACCUGUGACAUUUGAUGAUGUGGCCAUAUAUUUCUCAGAGCAAGAGUGGAGAAACCUGGAGGAUUGGCAGAAAGACCUUUAUAAGAACAUAAUGAAGUCCAAUUAUGAGACUUUGGACUUCCUGGGCUGUGCCAUUCCCAAACCAGACUUGAUCACCUGGAUUGAACGAGGGCAAGAGCCAUUCAUCAGAGGUCUGGGAAGCUUGGAGAGAAAAGACAUGACCAUCAGCACCAGAGCUGAGGAGCAUCUUCACUUGAAGCACACAGAGGGGCAGCAGUUUGGGGAGGACCAGGGAUCUGUGAGUUCACAAAAGGAAAAGCAGUAUUUUUGUGAUCUUCAAAACCAGGAUUUAUCUGAAUUACUAUUGUCAGGAAAAAGAAGAGAAGCUUCCUCUACACAUGGUCAGCGGUGCUCUUCCUUAAGGAGCCCAUGUGACCAAGAUUCACAGUCUUUAGCCCCAAAAGUCCAGGAAUCCAACUUAAACAAGAGAGACUUAAGCCACAGAACUGAGGGAUCCCCUUCCUUCCAGAAAAUUCCCAUAAGGCAGAGCAUCUGCCCGUGCCCUGACUGCAGUAAAGGCUUCUGCCUAAAGGGCCAUCUGGUGAAACACAAAAGAAGCCACUCCAGAGGCCAGCUGUGCCAGUGCCCAAAGGGCAAGAAGACAUUCAGGCAGAGAUCUGCUCUCCAGCAGCACCAGAGCAUCCAGGGCUGGCAAAGGCACUUGCCACGGAAUGAGAACAAUGAAAAGGACUUCUGCUUAAAGAGUCAUACAAAGGCAGAAGAGGGCCCAUACAGAAGAGAGGGAGCAUUUGUCCAGGCCCUCCCCCAGCUCAUGGAACACACCCAAUUGCACACGGGCAAAAGGAGCUUCCCCAGAAAGGGCCUCCUGAAGGCCCACCAGUACUUACAUGGCACAGAGAGGCCCUUCUUCUGCCUGGAGUGUGGCAAGGGCUUCACUCAGAAAUCUAAGCUCAUUGAACACAGGAGAGUGCAUAGCGGGGAGAGGCCUUUCCAGUGCUCAGAGUGUGGCAAGAGCUUCCGUCUGAAGGGGCAUCUGCUCAGGCACCAGCACCUGCACAUGAGGGACAGGCCCUUCCAGUGCCCUGAAUGUGACACCAGCUUCUGCCUGAAGGGGCAUCUGCUCAGGCACCAGCGCCUGCACACAGGGGACAGGCCCUUCCAGUGCCCUGAAUGUGACACCAGCUUCCGUCUGAAGGCUGUUCUAAAAGCCCAUCAGCGCACACACAGUGGGGAAUGGCCUUUCUCUUGCAGUGAAUGCGGCAAAGGCUUCACAAGGCAAUUCCACCUCACAGAGCACGUCAGAAUGCACACAGGUGAGAAGCCCUUCCAGUGUCCCCAGUGUGACAAGAGCUUCCGCCUGAAGGGCACCCUCAAGGUCCAUCAGCGUGUGCACAGCAGGGAUAGACCAUUCUCCUGUGAGGAAUGUGGCAAAGGUUUCACUCACCAGUAUAAACUGACCGAACACUUCCGAGUCCACAGUGGUGAGAAACCCUUUAAGUGCCCUGAGUGUGGCAAGAGCUUCCGCUUGAAGAGUGGCCUGAAUUACCACCAGCGCUUACACCAUAAGGAGAGACCAUUCUCCUGCAGUGAAUGUGGCAAGGGCUUCAUUCACCAGUCCAGGCUCAGUACCCACAUCAGAGUGCACAGCAGGGAGAAGCCCCCUGGUGACCUGAAUGACCCUGGUAAAGCAAAACCAGGCCAGCUCUUUAGGCUAAUAGAGGAAGACUGGAGCUCAUAGAUCCUGGGACAUGAGCACCUUGGAAAUCAUUAUCCAACAUGCCACUCUUUUUACAACUGAGAUGGUAUCUUUUCCUAGUAAGUAGCUGGGUCAGAACUAGAACCCAGAUCCCUUGAUUUCCUCUAUGGCCAGCUGAGCUGCCUUCAUAGCAGACAGACAAGCCUGGUGGGAACAAGUUAAGAAAAGGGUCAGUCAUAUUUCAGUGCUAAAAGUUUGAGCCCACCAGAAGCAGCUAGGUGGAGCAGUAGAUAGAAUCCUGGGUCUGGAGUCAGGAAGACCUGAGUUCAAAUCUGAUC